UUCUCCAGAACAGGCAACAUUCUGAAACAGUUUGUUGGCUGUUCUGGCUACUGGGCUGAACAGCUGUAUGUAGAUCGGGUCUCAUCUUUCAGAUGACUGGAGGGCUGGGUAAUGUGGAAGUCGUUUUGCCACCCACGUGGAAGCUAACAUGCAGGAUCCAAAUGAAGAUACAGAAUGGAAUGAUGUUUUGAGAGAUUUUGGGAUUUUGCCCCCAAAAGAAGAAGUUAAAGAUGAAAUUGAAGAAAUGGUUUUACAGUUACAAAAAGAAGCUGAAGUGAAACCAUAUGAAAAAAUGAAUCUGAAACAACUCAAAGAAGCUGAAGAUGAAUUUAAUGAAGAAGAUAUGAAAGCAGUUGAAAUGUACAGGAAACAACGUUUAGAAGAAUUAAAAUCUUUAUGGAAGCAGCAAAGAUAUGGAGAACUUGUAGAAAUUGCUGGUGAGCAAUAUGUGAAAGAAGUUUCAAAUGCAGGAAAAGAUGUAUGGGUUGUCAUCCACCUGUACAGAUCAAGCAUUCCCAUGUGUUUAUUGAUCAAUAAACACCUCAGCAUACUGGCCACAAAAUUUCCUGAAACCAAAUUUCUGAAAUCCAUUGCUAACAGCUGUAUUGAAAAUUAUCAUGACAGCUGUUUACCUACAUUAUUUGUAUAUAAAAAUGGAGAAAUAAAGGGCAAGUUGAUUGGAAUCGCACAAUGUGGAGGAAUGCAUAUUACAGCUGAAGAACUUGAAUGGAAGUUGGCAGAGCUCGGUGCUGUGAAAACAGAUUUAGAAGAAAACCCCAAGAAGGAUGUUGUUGAUAUGUUGACUUCCUUACUCAAAAAGGCUUCUAUAAAUUCUAACUAGACAAUGAGUUUGCAAAGAGAAAGAUGCUGCUUAUGUGCAGAAAGCAUUUGAAAGAAAGAGCUGACAUCUCUACAUUUACAUUGGGUCAAAUAAUAUUUAACCCACUUUGCUAAACAAAUAAAGAACUGCUUGUAAAUAUUA